GUUGCUGCUGCCGCUGAGUGGAAACGCAGCGACUCCUCGCAGCUUCAAUGUCACGGUGGUGGACGCCGGCAGACGUGGACGAUGAGAGGUUUUGACUCUCCGGCGUGUGUCCACGCAUCCGACGUCGGCGCGCCGCUUCCUCUUCCUCGUCUGGCGCGGCUGUCACCGCUGACGUGAUUGUCACAUGACAUCACUGCUGCCAUGACAACAGCCAUCCAGCCAUCCCGCUUUGUGGAUUGUAACAAGGGCUGAAAUUCCAGACUCUCUGAUGAGCAACAUGUUUGAAAAGUCACAUCCAUCCUGCAGCUUCUGAAUCAUGGGAAAUGUGGAGAGCCAGCACGGGGACCAUGCCUUCUAUGGCACAGAGCGUGGCUAUUUGUCACGUAAGCAUAUGUCCCGGUCUCUUCGCAUCUCCAACAAGCAGUCCAGGCGCUGUCGGCACGCCUCGUCAGGAAAGAUAGAGCACAGGAACUCUGAGACCAGCACGCGUUCCAGCAGCACGCCCAGCAUCCCGCAGUCCCUGGCUGAAAAUGGUCUGGAGCCUUUCAACGAGACCAACGUACUGCCAGACUUUGGAAGCCCCAUUUGGGUGGACCGUGUGUCCAUGAACCUGAGGCCGAUGUCUUUCCACCACGACCUGACGAGUCCCACGGCGCACGUCAACACCAUGUUGAUAACCCUCCCCGGGCCCACGGCGGAGGAAGUGCAAGACGAGGACUUGUACGCAAGUGAGGUUACGUACCUCCAGGACAUACGGGACAGCGCCAAGGAGCCGGGCAGCUUCAAGAAGAAGCGAUCCAAGUCAGCGGACACGUGGCGGGAUGACAGCCUGGAGUUCUCCCUCUCGGACCUCAGCCAAGAACACCUGACCAGCACCGAGGAGAUGAUCACACCGGGACACGAGCGGGAUUUGACCGACUGCGAAGGCCUCCUUCAGUCCAGCCCCGCGGAUGAUCGAGCAAACUCUCUGGACGAGCUGUACAACCAGAAGGCGCCCGGUCGCAGGCAACCCCAUAGCCGGUAUGCCAAACGGGCCACCAGGGACGGCGACAAUAAGAUGAUCUCAGAGGAGGAGGGCAACACCUACAGCGCCUACACCCUGCCGUGUCGGCGCUCCCAUUGUCUCUCUGAAGGUCUGAGCGGCCUCCAAGUCGCCGUGUGUGCCGGGCCGGGCAUGCAGGGCAGGAGGGCGCAGACCAUCCAGGAUGUCACAGCCGGCGAGGGCAGCGAGUACGAGGACAGCGGCAUCGAUGGGGUGACGGCCGAGGCUGAGUCCCGCCGCUACAAGACCAUGUCCGCCUCCUUCUCUGUAUGCUCGGCUGCGGGUGGCAGCAUGUUCGCCGGCAGCGACAGUGGCAGCAGCAAUGGCGGCGGAGGAGGUGGUAGCGGCGGGCCUGGCGACUGCGUGCAGGGCGUCUACGAGAACUUCCGCCAGGAGCUGGAGAUGAGUUCCUGCCAGACGGAGAGCUUGGAGGAGGCGGCCCUGAGCGACGAGCAGAGCACCAUGAGCUCCGCCUACCACUCGGACCCGUUACUGGGCGCCACGCAGGGGAUGGUGCGCAAAGCGGGAAGGCUUGCCGUCAAGAAUUUCCUUGUGCACAAGAAGAACAAGAAAGUGGAGUCUGCCACCAGACGCAAGUGGAAGAGCUACUGGGUGUCCCUUAAAGGCUGCACUUUGUUCUUCUACGAGACCGACGGCCGCUCGGGUAUCGACAACAACAGCGUCCCCAAGCACGCCAUCUGGGUGGAGAACAGUAUAGUCCAGGCGGUGCCCGAGCAUCCCAAGAAGGACUUUGUGUUCUGUCUCAGCAACUCGCUGGGAGAUGCGUUCUUGUUCCAGACGUGCAGCCAAACAGAGCUGGAGAACUGGAUCACAGCCAUUCACUCGGCGUGCGCCACUGCCGUGGCCCGCCAGCACCACCGUGAGGACACGGUGCGCCUGCUCCGUGCCGAGCUUAAGAAGCUGGAGCAGAAGAUCGACAUGGAUGAGAAGAUGAAGAAGAUGGGCGACAUGCAAUUGUCGGCUGUCACCGAGGUCAAGAAGAGGAAGACCAUCUUGGAUCAGAUCUUCCUAUGGGAGCAGAACCUGGAGCAGUUCCAUAUGGAUCUCUUUCGCUUCCGGUGCUACCUGGCCAGUCUGCAGGGCGGUGAGCUGCCCAACCCCAAGCGUCUCCUGGCCUUCGCCUCUCGCCCCACCAAGCUGGCCAUGGGGCGGCUGGGGAUAUUCUCCGUCUCGUCCUUCCACGCUCUGGUGGCAGCCCGCAUGGAGACGGGCGUGAGGCGGCGAGCACACGCCAUGUCCCGCUCAUGCAGCAAGCGCAAGAGCCGUUUCUCCUCGCUCUGGGGUCUGGACACCACGUCCAAAAAGAAGACGAAAGCUCACCCCAGCAUCAACCAGGUGUUUGCUGAUGGUGAAGUGCUUGUGAAAAAGCCUGCAGAUGGAACAUACACUGACUCUGCCAAGGCUCACCAGACCAGCGAGGAGGAAUCUGGCAAGGGUCUUCCACGGCCCAGCACGGAAAGCGACAUCUGGGUCCCUGACCACCUCACCCCCUCCUGGGUGUGUCUGCCAAACGACCAGCCGGUGCUGACAAUCAUCCAACCUGGAGAGUCGGCGCUGUGCGUGCUGGAAACCAUAUGCAAGGCCCACCAGCUGGAUCCCACCAAGCACUACUUACGUCUUAAAUUCCUCAUUGAUAACCAAGUCCAGUUCUACAUCCCCAAACCGGAGGAGGACAUCUGUGACCUGCUUUACAAGGAAGUUGAGCUCUGCUCCAAGAUAACAAAAGUGGUCCAGUUUGACCGAGACGAGUCGUGCAUGAUCGGUUAUGGUUUCUCCAUCUCCGUGGUGGAGGAGGACCGAGUGCAGCAGCUUUACAUCACAGACGUGAGGGCGGGUGGAUUAGCCUUCGCUAAAGGUCUGAACGCGGGCGACGAGAUACUGGAGCUGAACGGGAAGGAGGCCCACAGUCUCGACUUCUCCGACAUGAAGGUGGCGUUCUCCCGGUCGUCCCUGGCGCUGACCGUCAACACGUUACCUCCCGUGGACCGGCGUCAACUGUGCUUCCUCCCGCCAAGACGCUCCGACGUGGAGGAAGACCUCUACACGGACAUCUUCUCCCAGAGUCAAGAAGACAUCCUUGAUGAUGGCGUCGGGCUGCUGCUGGAGAGUUCUGGAGACAGCUUGGAUGAUGACUCGGAGAUCUUCGGUCAGUUUGACGACUGCAGAAAGCCCAGGAAACGUUCAUCAGACUCGGUCUUUGACAUGCUUCAUCUGAAUACAGAGCAGGUGGCCGCUUUCUGCCGCAGCCUCCAUGACAUGAAUCCCCCAGAGUGCAUGUCCUCCUCGCCCAGCCCGGACUCGCCCUUCCCGCCGCCCAUCGCCGCCCUCCGACAGCUCUCGGACGCCGACAAGCUCCGCAAAGUCAUCAGUGAGCUGGUGGAGACGGAGCGCACCUACGUCAAAGACCUCAACUGCCUGAUUGGGAGAUAUCUCAGUCCGCUGCAGAAAGAGACAUUUCUGACUCAGGAUGAGUUGGAUGUUCUCUUCGGGAAUCUGCCAGAAAUGGUGGAGUUCCAGGUGGAGUUUCUCAAGACGCUGGAAGACGGAACCAGACUGGUUCCGGAUCUGGAGAAGCUGGAGAGAGUGGAGCAGUUUAAGAAAAUCCUCUUCUCCCUGGGGGGCUCCUUCCUGUACUACGCAGACCGCUUUAAGAUCUACAGCGCUUUCUGUGCCAGCCACACCAAGGUCCCCAAGGUCCUGGUCAAGGCCAAAAGCGACCCCGACUUCAAGGCCUUCCUGGACGAGCGCAACCCCAAGCAGCAGCAUUCGUCCACGCUGGAGUCCUACCUGAUCAAGCCCAUCCAGCGGGUCCUCAAGUAUCCUCUGCUGCUCAAGGAGCUCUACUCGCUCACCGACCCGGACAGCGAGGAGCACUACCACCUGGACGUGGCCAUGAAAGCCAUGAACAAAGUGGCCAGCCACAUCAACGAGAUGCAGAAGAUCCACGAGGAGUUCGGCGCCGUGUUCGACCAGCUCAUCACCGAGCAGAGCGCCGACAAGAAGGAGGUGGCCGACUUGUCCAUGGGCGACUUGCUGCUCCACACCAGCGUGACCUGGAUCAACCCACCCGCAUCCUUAGGAAAGUGGAAGAGGGAGCCCCAGAUGGCCACUUUUGUCUUCAAAACGGCCGUUGUCUUUGUGUGCAAGGACGGGUCCAAACAGAAAAAGAAAAUGGGUGGCUCCCAUCGAGCGUCCAUGUCUUCCGAGGAGAAAGACCCCUUCCGAUACCGCCACAUGAUUCCCACAGACGCUCUCCAAGUCAGAUCGUUAGCGAACGCGGAUGUGGAGGGCACGUCCGUGUGCGAGAUCGUGCACACAAAGUCGGAGUCAGAGGGCCGGCCGGAGAGGGCGUUCCAGCUGUGUUGCAGCUCUCCGGAGAGCCGCAAAGACUUCCUGAAGACGGUGCACUCCAUCCUGCGAGAGAAGCACCGGCGGCAGCUGCUGAAGACGGAGAGUUUGCCCCUCAGCCAGCAGUAUGUGCCCUUCGGGGGCAAGCGCCUGUGCGCGCUGAAAGGUGCCCGUCCCGUCAUCAACCGAGCAGCGUCUGCGCCAACGAGGACGCUGGGACGGAGGAAGCUGGUGCGCAACCGCUUCACCAUCGACACCGACAUCGUAUAUGACGGCGAGCCCGAGCAGGACCUCGCCUCGCCGCCUCAGGACGCAGACGGGUUGGGGGCCCGGCGAGACCGGCGGCGGGCAUCGGCGGAAUCUGGCGACACGGACCGCUGGGUGGAAGAACAGUUUGACCUCAAAGAAUACGAAGACCCCGAGGAGGUCAAGGAGACGGACAUCCUGAGCGACGAGGACGACGAGUCGGGACGGCGGAGGACGACGGGAGCCGUCCACCUCGAUGCUUCCGUGGCGUCGCUUUCUCUGGAGAGCGGGGAAGCGGAGGGCAGCGAGGCGCUCGGCGAGCCCUCCGAGGACGCACACGUGUGGGUACGGCGGGAGCAUCCUGAAUGCUCGCCAGACUGACACGCUUUGGACGGUCGAGCGGAAAAAGCUGACUCAUCGUUUGGACGAACAGUACAAUCAUGGAUCCCAUCGUGACCGGCAUGCUUUGCACACGAGAGCGGCGCUCUGCAGCCCCGCCUGCUGUUGCCAAAUGGGUUUGUUUUCUUUGCGUGACCUUGACAACCUUAUAUUUGUCCUCCCAGACAUGGAAGAAAUCAUAGCAUAGUCAACUGAAAUAUCGUCAAAUAUUUACUUUACAGCUUUUAGCCUGCUUUUGUUGCGUCGGAUAGUAUUUUUGCUAACAGUUAGCGGCGGAGGCUAGUGGGAUUUUCAUGUUAACAUAAUCCUGUUUUACUUGAAUAUUCCUUCAUCUUUUACUGUGAAACCUUUCUUGUUUUGCUUCUAGUGUUGCCUUUCAAAGAACAGUCAUUGAUGAUGUUUAACUUUAGUCUCGUGCACGCUCCAGUGGCGGGAAUUUGCACAGCUGUUGUUUAAAAAAAAAAUGGUUUCAAAUCACUGGAUUACAAAGCAAUGUUUUUUUAAUAUAUAUAUAAAUAUAUAUUAUUUAUUGAUUUGUAAAUGUAUUUGUUAGCAAGAGUAUUUGCUUUUUAUAGGACAGUGCAAAUUUGUUCCAGCAAUCAGAGGGGGAAAGAUAGUAGUCCAAAUGUGAUGAAAUAAUUGACUGCAUUUUUAUUAUCAUUAUUAUAAUAUUAUUACCAUGCCUGUACAUAAAAUGUAUUGCUAUCAUAAUAAAGACACUUGUUUCCUACAGCAGAUGGUGACGUGUGACCACGCAUGAAUCACAUAUUGAAUAUUCCUCACCAGGCCGUGCUUCUUUGAAAACCGGCUCCAGGGGACGUUACAGCAGAAAUGGAAAAAAAAACCCUGUAAUUUUACAAAAAUAAAGUGAACAUAUUCAGAGAAAAGUCAUAUUCUAAGGAGGAAAAAAGUCUACAUUUUAUGAGAAUAAACGUAUAUAUUAUGAGGGAAAAU